CACUGUGCUCUGUCGGAAAUCGCCAGUGAGUCCGCUCACCACUGCAGACUGCACUAAGUGCACUGAAAACUGCAACAGUCACACCAGUGCUGGAUAUAAACUAACAAGUGUGUGAAAGUGUAAAUACGAAAAGGUAUUUAAAGAAGAACAUUGUGUCAUUAAUAAAGCCAACGCAGUGGAUUUGUAAAUAUGGAGCAGAAUGAGUAUCCACUGCAUAUAGCUACAAAAUUUGGGAACCUAAAUGAAGUACAACAGUUGAUUGAUGCAGGAGCUAUAAUCAAUGAAGUGGAUUCUGAUGGUUUUACGUCACUACAUGUAGCUGCAAAUUCCAAGCAUAUAGAAGUAGCCGAAUAUUUAUUGACACACGGUGCAGAUGUAAAUGAAAUCGAUACGUUUGAGUGGAGCAGUCCUUUACAUUUUGCUACGCGCAAUAAUGAUCUUGAAAUGGUUCGAUUAUUCACAGAAGCUGGAGCAGAUAUGCAGUGUUCAAAUAUGUUUGGUGAUAUGCCUAUUCAUUUUGCUGCUGAAUUAGGAUAUGUAGAAAUUGUAAAACAUUUUUUAGAACAUGGGAUGUAUGUAGAUAUUAUAAAGCCAGGCAGCAAAAUGACGCCUCUUCAUAGAGCUGCAGAUUCCAAACAUAUAAAAGUAGCCAAAUAUUUGUUGGACCACGGUGCAAAUGUAAACCCAAUCGAAACGUAUAAUGGCUGGAGUCCAUUACAUUUUGCUACGAACAAUAAUGAUCUUGAAAUGGUUCGAUUAUUCACAGAAGCUGGAGCAAAUAUGCAGUGUUCAAAUAGUUAUGGACAUAUGCCUAUUCAUGUUGCCGCUGAAGGAGGAUAUGUAGAAAUUGUAAAGCAUUUUUUAGAAAAUGGGAUAUAUGUAGAUAUUACAAAUGAAAGCAACAAAAUGACACCUCUUCAUAUGGCUGCAUCUGGAGGUUACAUCGAAGUAGUAGAUUAUUUACUGUUCAAUAAGGCUAACGUUCGUCUCAAAGAUUGUGAGAAACGGGGUCCAAUUCAUUUGGGUGUCAUAGCAGGGAAUGUAAAAGUUGUUCAUGGUCUUAUAGAAAAAGGAGCUGAUAUGGACGCUAAAGAUAUCUUCAAGAUGACUCCUUUAGAUUUAACUUGUAGACAUGGGAAUUUAGAAAUUGCCCAGUUACUUUUAAAAAACGGUGCAGUGUUUAACCUACAGGAGAGAUCUCGGAACUAUUCUCCACUCCAUUGGGCAUCUGAAACGUGUAGUCUAGAAAUUGUAAAGUAUUUUAUCAGCUUAGGGGUAGACGCCAAUUUCGGUACAAUUCAAGAAUAUACUCUUCUGCAUGUAGCUGCUAAAUGGGAUCACAUUACCAUGGUUAAAUAUUUGGUUGAAAUGGGUGCUGAUGUUAACAAGAAAACUCUACCCAAUGGAGCCACUCCAUUAUAUUAUGCGAUAAAAAGUAUAUGCACAGAUGUUGCAGAGUUCUUAAUUCUAAAUGGAGCUGAUCUAAAAGAAGCUGAAUAUAAAGGCAAAUCUACUUUAUCGAUAGCCCUAAAAGAUGUGUCAAGUGAUUAUCCGGAGUCAGACCAGACACAGUACAUGGUACUUGCAAAACUAAUAAUUAAAUACACCGUGUUAAUUUACAAUCCCAAUCCCAAUGAAAAAUUUAUUCGGGAUGGUUGUCCUUUCUUCAAAGAAUUAUCGCAAUACUUUAACGACUGCCAAAAAGAAAUAACAAGCAUGGCCAGGGUGACAAUAAAAAAUAGUACUGUUUCAUUACAUCAAAUAAUUAGCGGCUCCAAUAAAGGCAACGCUUUUGUUCAAUAUCUAUAUAACGACGAUAUUAAAAACGAGUUAGAAAAUAUUGAAGAUUACCUUAAAGACUUUUCGAUAUAUGGUAAUAUUUUUCCGUUAGUACAACUUAGGGUUAAGCAAGGGUUUCAAAGAAUGGAAUUACUUACAGAUGCUGACUUAAUGCUGAAGAAAGUUUCACCUAAGUUACCAUCAGAAAUAAGAUGGAGAGUAUUCAACUACUUAGACAUGACUGAUCUUAAAACUGUGAUACAAUCAGAUUUUAUAUAAAUAAAAAUUAUUAUUUGUUUGGUUCGUUAUAAAAA